CCGGCACUAAGCACUCUUUAAUCUCUAUUAUAAAGAACCCUCUCUUUCAUUCAAUGGGCUGGCCAUUGUGGCAGUCUCUCUACCUCAUGCUUCCGUUCCUGGUGGCCAUUGCGGCGGCCGUUUACAUCAUUCGCUACAGGAUCAUCCACGGCGCCGCCGCUGCCGGACGUGUCCAAGACGAGGGUCAACUUACGGUGGUGGUCGUGUCACCGGCGCCGGAGGAAGAUAGCAAAGUUGUUGUUCCGGGGACUAUAGUGAAGUACUAUAGGCGCGACGACGACGACGAUGGGAAAUCACAAGAAGGCUGGAACGGUUGUGCGAUAUGCUUGGAGGAGUGGGAGGAGGGAGACGAGUGCAGAGUGCUGCCGGAGUGCAGCCAUCGGUACCAUAGAGUUUGUGUUGAUGUCUGGCUGCUGGCCGUCGCCGGCGACGGCCACUGCCCCAUUUGCCGCUCCUGUGUUUACCGUCCUUGAUUCUCAAUAACUGAAUCACUUCUUUUAAUUUUCUUCUAAAUUGUGAUGGUGGUUUGUGAUCAUGAUGAUAAUGAGGAUCAGUAGCUUUUUUCGCUAAGAGAUAUGAUGUUUCAAAAGUGAGUGAUAUAGCAUGAAAAUGGCAUUUGUCAUACCGAUUCGAAUUUUGGAUUAAAAAUCCGGCCAAACUGGAUCCAUUCAAUCCAAUCACGGUUAUUAUUGUACCCCAUCCGAUUUAAUUUGCGAUUUAUGUUUUGAAAAAAAAUACCGCCUGAGUAAUCGAGUUAAUUUUACCCAAAUUGGCCACAUUGAACCAUUUCCUAGCCCUAGGCACCAAGUAUAAACAUCCACCUAACUUGCAAGAAUAAUGAAGAAAUUUAAAAUAACGUC